AUGGCCAACAAGGACAAGGGCGUGAAGGACUAUAGUCGUGGCUCGGCAGGUCCCUCAGGCCAGAAGACUCCUAGAAAGGUGCAAUGGGUCGACCACCGAGAGACCCAUGCUCUCGAUGAGCAUGCCGUGAACCCCGACGCCUUUGAGCAUCUUACCCACGCUCUCGAACAACACCGCUCCAAGUCACCCGUCGAAGAUCGACCUUCGCCCUUGCCUCGAAUCCAUUAUUUCCCACCCCGACCCCAGUACCUUCCCCCCGUGGACACCGGGUUGAUGCCUUAUCAGCAUGAGGGCGCCCAUACAACAAAUUUGUCAACCACCACGACGCCAUUUGAUACGUCACCGACAACUGCAAAGUCCAACUACCACGAGGUUCCCGGGACUUUCAUCGACAAGGAUGAGAGCUCAGGCCUUCCUGGACCUGUAGACAAUGACUAUCGCGAGGCAACCAACAUCGUUCGCGCCCAUACACGCCCUCGGGGCCGUGGUCGUAAUUUGUUCCUCAAUCUAAAGUCCCAGCAGAAGAGCAAAAGUAGAGAACGAAACGCCGAACGUAAUGAUCCCGACGCAGAACGUGAUGCAGCUCCAAAGAAUCCCUGCCUGACUGGUGCAGGUAGCGCUGUUCUUUCUGCCCUCUUGACCCUCUAUAACCAAUCAGAAGGUUUCCUAUCUGGGGCGGCGACGCCUGUAUCUGAGCUCCCAGAAAGACCAUUGUCAUCUGAGGCUACAGACAGCUGA